AUGUGGCUUCCACAUCUAUAUCUUGCAUACCUUAUCGGCCUUUCUGCAACAUUGUGUACCUCAAAAUUUACUGCCAUUUCUUCUGGUGCCGAAUACCUAGAUAUUGGAGGGAAAUGGUCUGUUCGCAAUGCCAAUGGCAGCGUCAACAUUCCCGCCACCGUUCCUGGACUAAUCCAAACCGACCUCGAAGCUGCAGGAUGGCCAUCACUGUUGAGUGGUGAUAAUUGUAAGUUGCUCGAGAUUUUAAAUGUUGGUAAUUUCGAAUAUAGAGAACUUAUCGAGCAAUGCGUCAUUUCAGUUGAUUACUAUAACUGGGUUCCUCUCGACAACUGGACAUUUUCAUAUACUCUCCCGGCAAAAUCACACCAUGGAACAAAGUGGUCUGCCUUCAAGAAGGUAUAUCUCGUCUUUGAAGGCAUUGAUACUGUAGCCAAUAUUCGACUUGGUAAUGAAACUGUUGGCUAUGCCAAUAAUCAAUUCCGGCAGUGGAGUUUUGAUGUUACCUCGGUGUUCAAGUCCUCCACUAGUGAUAUUGAGCUAUCGGUAGAGAUUAUCAGCCCGGUACAAUACAUGUUUGAUAUCUUCCAGUCGACCGGCUCACCAUGGACAGAGUUCACAAACUAUGCUACAAUGUAUCCAGAGGGACGAGAGUAUAUUCGGAAGGUCCAAUCAGAUUUUGGGUGGGAUUGGGGUCCCCAUUUUGCACCUCAAGGGAUAUAUCGGGAUGCAUAUUUGGUUGGUCUUGAUGAUGGUGUAUAUGUGACCAACACCUUUAUCGAUAUCUUCAAAGUUGGACAGAGGCCCAACACGAUCCCAGAUCAGUCAGCUUCUUGGGUUGUUAACGUGAGCGUCGAUUAUCUCUCAGCGAACGAAAACACAUCCAUUGCCUUGGAUGUAGAUAUUGCUGACCAUAAAGGCCACGCGGAUGAUAAGGUAAAUGAAGGAUUUAGCAGCAUAACUUUGAGUUUCAACAUCAACGAGGGUGCAAUCGAACGCUGGUGGCCAGCGAGCUUUGGCAACCCUACUUUAUACAAUGCGAGCAUUUCUCUAACACCUUUGAACGAGCCAAAAAAUAUGAAAAGGCCUAUAAAGGCUGCGAAAUACACAAAACAAACGGGGUUUCGCACCAUUGUUUUAGACCUCACGCCUUACACUGAUAGGCCGGGUAACCACUUUAGUUUUCAGAUUAAUGGACAUGUUUUCAAUGCAAAAGGAAGCAACCUGGUACCUCUCGAUCCAUUCGAGCCCAGGGUCAAUACUGAACAGAUUCGGAGAUUAUUUCAAUCGUCCCUCGGUGCUAACAUGAACCUCCUUCGAGUUUGGUCUUCGGGCAACUAUUAUGCCGAUGAAUUUUACGACGCAGCUGACGAGAUGGGCUUGCUGCUGUGGUCGGAAUUUGAAUUCAGUGAUAAUUAUUAUCCGGUGUUUUCAGAGUUUUUAGACAAUGUUCGCCACGAAGUUGUCUAUCAAAUGCGUCGCCUCAAUCGACAUCCCGCACUCGCAGUAUGGUGCGGUGGGAAUGAACUUGACGGAUACGUCGAAAACGCCUUGAAAGACAACGCCACCUACGGACAAUCAUGGUUUAGCAACUUCACCAUACUUGAAGGAGAGACCAUUUGGCCUCUUGUUUAUCAAAAUACCCGCUCGCUGUCAUGGCUGCAGUCAAGCUCUUCGCUAGGUUACAUCUCCUACAACCCUGAAACCGGCGUUUGGAUACCUCGAUAUGGAAACAACAGCCCAUAUUAUGGGCCUGCUGAGAAUUAUAAUCUCAAAUGGCAAGAUGGCUCCUUGUUCAAUAAUUCUCAGAUUCCUGCGACUCGUUUUGCGGUGGAAUUUGGCGCUUUGAGUUAUGAUUCUCUGGAAGGCUAUCGCACUAUUCUUCCGGACAGUGAGAUCCGACCUAAUGGAUCCGGCCUUAUGGCCCGAUGCUACGAUGGAGGAUCAACUACAUACGCCGAUCUACUAGGGGGUAUCCAGCGUUACUAUAUUUAUCCCAACUUAACAGAUCCGAUCAAGCAAUUCGACCAAUUUUCGUGGACGAGUCAGGUAUAUCAGGCUGAAAUAAUGAAACACCAGAUUGAAUCAUAUCGACGUGGCAUUGGUCAAGAGGAAAACAACCUGGGACAACUCUUUUGGCAGUUGAAUGCUCCAUGGACGACAUUGCAGCUUUCUGCAAUAGAGUAUACCGGUAGAUGGAAAGUCCUUCAACAUGUGGCCAAGCAAACAUACGAGCCAGUCAUCGUGAGUAGUUGGUUCGAGCCUCUGAACGACACAUUCAAUAUUUGGGUUGCUUCUGACGCCUGGGAACCUGUUACCGGCGAAGUGAUAGCGACGUGGUAUCAAUGGUCUGGCGAGAAAUUGGCCUCCUCUACAUACCGAUUUGCUCUGAAUGCGCUUGAUAGCAAGAGCGUCGUUCAACUCACAGGUUGGAGAUCUAUUCUACCCGCGAAAGGCACAAAUACUACUAGUAUUCUAUUGCUCAAACUGAAUGCGACAUCACAGUCCACGUUAAAGACAUUUACCAGUGAGAAUUUCUGGGUUCCGCGCUACUUGAGCAACGCCACGAUUGUUGAUCCUGGUCUCGAAAUACAAUACACAGGACAAUUGACUUGGAGAGUCCGAGCAACGAAAGGCGUAGCUGCGUAUGUCUGGCUGACAGAUCCCAAUAUAUCAAACGAACAGAAGCUCCAGGCUGGUUUGGCGGGAUAUUUCAGCGAUAAUGCAGUGUUUAUGGCAAAAGGAGAAGAGCGAGAAUUCACAUAUACAUUACUCGAGGGAGCUGAAAUACCGGAUGAUGCUUGGGCGCAGAAAGUGACUGUGCGAUCAUUCUGGAAUAAUAUUGCAAAUUAG